CAAAAUUAGUACAAUGCAGUGGUUAUCAGUCAUUAUGAAUGACUCGCUACAAAAGUACUACACGCACGCACACAGCUACGCGCUGCGCCGCGAGAAGUCCGAUAGAGAUAGCAAUGUUUCGUCCGAUUUUUGGCUCGCGUCGAAUUGCAGUUGCGCGCUGCUUACACCGGCCUCUUAAGUGCAUAAACUGAAUUACAUUUUUCUUUCGGAAACAUAUUUUUUUGCAAUUAUUUUGAUAUUUAAAUACACGAAUGGAUAUUGGGCUACCAGGCUUACGAUGACGCAUUUAAGAUAAAAGUGAUAAAUUAUAAGGCUUAAUUAGCUUUAUAAACCUAUCAUAACGCUGUUCAAUCAAUAACAUACGUUGCAUGAAAGGCCGAGUCACGAGUGGUAUUAGGUCACCACGCCAAACCCAGUGUCCACCUGUCGUGAGUUCGAACCCUGCGCAACACCUUUCUGUGCCCCACAAAUGUUUGUUCGGAGCUUGGAUAUUAUGUGUAUAUCUCUUGUGCAUGUGACUUGAUGUUAGAGAAAGUUAAAGUUUCCUUUUGGUCAAUGAAAUAUUGGUCUUGUUCUGGGAAAAUUAGUCUGGUAGGACAGAUCUCAUUUAGAAUUUUGUAGUUUCCUAUAAUACUUUUUUUUUUCAUUCUAAUUCUUAUAUUUCAAAUACGACUGGAGUUUAGUGAAACACAUUUUACAUAAGUUUAUGAAUCACAAAUCAUCUCGAAACAUCCCGCUAGAAAAACACAGACAAGCUCACACAAUUUUAUAUUAGAUGGCUAUCUGGACACGAGUGUAUAGUCCCUUAAUAGUUUCAGAACAUGAACGUAUUGUCAAUAUAAUAGGUAUAGCAUUCAAAUUGUAAUAGUGGUCGCAGAAAUGUCGAAGCCAUGGGUGUUGUGUAUCGUCGCGUGCGCAUGUGUUGCGGUGAUCAGUGGAGGUAAUUUUGGUGCAGCCAUAUGGAGUACUCGAGCAAUCAACCAAUGCGACGAGCCGAACCACAAGUUCAAGACCGUUAUAAAACUGAUGGACAUCAACGAGACCCACGACGGGUUCUACGGGGAUGUGGAGCUGGUUGAGGACUUCACGGAGGAGUAUGGUGUGCGCCUAGACAUAAGCAAAUUAGUGGAGGACGAGUUCAAGCAGUUCGACGUGAUAUAUGACGACAACUUGUUCAACUUCUUCGACAAGUACGCGCACAAGUAUGUCGUGGGGUGCUUCAACGCUGUGGGCAUUAAUCCGCCUGCACUUCCCAUUCCCAAGGGUAACUACAAAAUAAACGAAUACGUAUACAGCAAGGAAAUAAUGCCGGGUUUGUUCGGGACCUACAUGAUCAAAUUGUAUAUCGUCAAAGAUAAUUUGGACGAGGGUUGUAUAGAAAUACAAAUUGAGGGUGAAGAGGUUGAACAGAAAACAGAAGAAUAAAGGAGAAGAAAUGCAGAAGAUAGAAGAAAACCUUCUUUUUUUAUUGUAUGGUCAUUUCUUACGGACUUUUGCAUGUGUUAACUCGAUUUUAGGUGUAAAGUAUGAACAAUAAAGUUGCUUUGAACGA